AUGACAAAUGCACGAAUUCAAACACAUGCUGAUUACAUCAACACUGUUGAUUUUCCAGCUUUCCAAGGCUCGAUGAGUAGCUACAUCUCCAGACACAGAAGUGUUCUAGGCAUUUACUGGAAACAUCUUAAAGGUUUACAGAACUUGAGCACGGAGAUGUACUGUGAACAUCUUAAGACUAUAGGAAUCUCUGGAAAUUGCAGUGAUUCAGUUCAACAUUCUGAAGGCAAGGCUCAGGCCACAUGGAGCAUGCUAGCCGCAGUGUCACAUGCCUGCAAAUUCCAACCUGUUGACCCAAAACUAUUUAGCAGAAUGCCGGCUGAUAAAAUACCGUUUGCUGCUAGGCAUAUGGAAGCUCUGCUAGGGAGUCUUCGUUACAUUAUUUACUACACAAGUCAGCUGGUGGUAAUCUACUUGGCUGUUAUUGUGCUGAAAGAACUGGCCAGUGCUGUCCUGUGGAUUUUGAUCCAAAGGUAG